CUGUAGCAACAACAGUAAAAAAAGGUACCUACGCGUUUUUCGAAUUCGUAGAUAUAAUCUGUUUCAUAGAGUGCGAAUGAAAAUAUUUCAGUGAAAAGCUCCGCAUUUGCGUAAUUUGUCAUCUGCUGAGUCUUUAAAAUAUUUCUAAGAUCCAGUAAUUUGCAAUGACAACGGUAGUAGGAAACGGAAUUCAAGAUUACUUGAGCUCCAUUUACAGUUAUUAUGUAUGGACCUUAUCAUUAGCGGAUGCAAGAACGAAAGGAUGGCCGCUAGUCGACUCCCCGGUGCCUACAUUUUUUUAUAUAAUGUUAUACCUUUUAAUAGUUUGGUCUGGACCAAAAGUUAUGAAAUAUAGGAAACCCUUCAAAUUAACUUGGGCUUUAAUACCGUACAACCUUGCAAUGGCCGGUCUUAAUUUAUACAUUUCUAUACAGCUAUUCACAGCCUCCACAAGAUUAAGGUAUAGCUACAUAUGCGAACCGUGUAGGCAGUCGCAUCACCCGGAUGAGCUGCAGAUUACCAACGCGGUUUGGUGGUAUUACGUAUCGAAAUUGUUGGAGUUUUGCGAUACAUUCUUCUUCAUCCUGAGAAAGAAGGACCAGCAACUUACAUUUCUGCACGUGUACCAUCAUGCAACCAUGUUUUCUUUUUGGUGGAUCGGAAUUAAGUGGGUGCCAAGCGGAUCGACAUUCCUACCGGCAAUGGUAAAUUCGGCGAUCCACGUUCUUAUGUAUUCAUAUUAUGGUCUUUCUGCAUUGGGACCGCAUAUUGCUCAAUAUUUGUGGUGGAAAAAGUAUUUAACCAUUCUGCAAAUGAUCCAAUUUACAUGCGCGCUUAUUCUGGGAAUCAAUGGAAUUAGAACGGGUUGUGAAUUUCCAUUAUGGAUGCAUUACACUCUAAUUCUCUAUAUGAUUUCGUUUAUAAUUUUGUUUGGAAACUUCUACGUCAAAGCAUAUAUGGAAAAAGGAUCCAAAGUAUUUUACGGAAUGGAUAUGGGGUGUGGUCAAGGAGUUAUGUUUCAUGAUAAUGGAAGUCCAAUGCUUUAUUCGCACAGUAAUGGAUACACGGAAGAUGGGCAUUCAAAGAAAAUCGAUUAAAGAAUCGAUUAAAGAAAGAAAAUUUCAACUAGGAGUGUAUAUAUAGCAUAGUUCCAUACAUCUAAUGUUGAUAAUAAUUUGAUGCAUUUUCAAUACCUACUGUUACCUUACCAUUUAUUAAGUCCUCAAUCAAGGUUCUUCGGGACUUAAUCAAUACAUUAUAAUUACGAUGUUGUUUGUUAUAUUGUUACGGAUAAUUAUAAUAGAACGAUACUACAAUAUUUAUGCAAAUUUUAACCAAAGCAUGGUGUACAAUGUUUAUGGUUGUUAAGUUAUUGUUCAAUACAUUCAGAUACUAACAAAAAAUUGUAACUUGAUUGUUAACUUUAAAGCCUACAAUGUCAAAAGUCAAUUAUUUUAAUGGCAUUAAUAAAUCAGAAAUGGAACU